AAUCAGCGUCUCCGACAUAUUUGAGUGUAUAGGGCCUGUACGAGUGUUCGGCCCUAAUCGGUUUCCCCCGUAGCCUUUCGGCUAACGUCUCUCGUCGUGCUCUUCACUUGAUUCAAGUUGGUCGUCUAUUACGGUUCAAUAAUAUAUUCAUUGAUAAAUAAAGUUCUAAUUUCUAAUUAAACUAAGUCUUAUUAUUAUUGUUUAAAUCCACAUAACCUCUAACAUUACAAUAUUUAAUUGAAAAUAUUCAAAAACUUCUGUGUGUUAAAAACAAGUUCUUUCAGUUUUGUAACUAUGUUGAUACCAUCUGGUCUUCUCUUCGAUGGAAUUAUUUCCUUGAAACAUUCAUAAUUGUAUAAUAAAUUCAAUUUCUUCGUACCCGAUCAAUUACAUUUCGAUACGAUUACGCAUUUGUGGUAUUAGUAAACAUCCACCACUUCAGCUGUCCAUCAAGAAUAUUAUAUUACAUUAUUUUUAUCCACAUUCUAUAAGGUUUAAUAUUACUGUAGUUCAAAUAAAUGAUAGUGAAAAUGAAUUGUUGAAUUUAUUAUUUAAACAACUAGAAAUAGAAAUAAUAUGUGAUAUUAAUAAAAAUAACCUAAAUUUGAAUAAAGCUAUAAUAUAGUUCAAGUGGUUCCAAUAAGAUUAUUAUCAUGAAUGAAUAUCAAGAAAUAAUUAAAUGGCAUCCUCAUUUGGUUCUCAUCAGUGAAAAACCAGUCACGUGGUAUGGUUUAUUAAAUAUUAAUAAUGAAAUACAAAUGAAGAUUAAACUAAAAGUACCAGAGUAUCCAAAAUUGCAAGGUGCAAGAAUAUUUUUUGGUGAAAGUGUUUCUUUAACUUAUGGAACUGAUUUUACUGCUAAAGUAUCUGUGAUGUUAGAAAAUUCCAACUCAGUCAUGGCAUUUUUAAGUCAGCUUCAAAAGUUGCUGAAUACUGUUAUGAAGAAACAGACCUUUGAUUAUAAAUUUCAAAUUGAUUGGUCUAAUCACGAUAUUUUAGAUGAGCUAAAGACUGCUUUAACAAUUCCUGAUAUAACUAUAUCAGCAGGUGAUAAUUUAAAUCUAGUAAAACUUGAAUAUAAAAAUACAUCUAUGAUUCUCAAGUACAAAAAAAUAUCUACUAGUCAAUGGACAUUUGUUUCAUCUGAUUUACCAACGUUAUCAUCCUGGUCACCUUUAGAAACUUGUAUAUCAACAUUGAGUGAAGCAGCAGAAACAUUGAAAACCAGAACUGAUGUUUUAGAAGAUACUUGGACUAAUUUAUACGAUAUUGAUAAAAAUUGCUGGGUUUUAGACCCUAUCAAUCCAAAACCUUUCCACUUGCAUCGAAGGAUUUAUUUAAAUCCUGCUCUAUCACUUCUUAUCACACUUGAUCCUCUUAAUCCUGAUGCUCUUCAAGAGAUUAAAAUUUUAGGAAGUGAAGAUGAAGUAUCGAAAUGUCAAGAUUUAAUUAGUAACAAUCUACAAAUGUGGACCAGUCAUAAAUCUGUGGUAAAAAAUUUAUUAGAUUUAUUAGAACUACCUGAAUUACCAAAGCCUAAACAAGAGAAGCUAAUUGAAUCAGAUGGUAUUGUUUCUGAUAAAGAGUGUUGUAUUUGCUUUUCGAAUGAAGGAGAAGAUGGACAGUCUCCAUCGAUAGUUUGUAAUAACGGAAAAUGCCAAAAACAUUUUCAUACUUCUUGUCUACGUCAGUGGUUGCAAGUAAUAGCAGAAAGUUCCGUGCUUUUUGAUAGAAUACAUGGUAUCUGUCCUAAUUGCAAAACGAAAAUAUCCUGCCCUUUAUUAAAAUAAUUUAUUAGAUAGAUAACAUAUAAAAAAUAAAUAUUAUCGUUUACUUAAACACAUAAUAGUUAAUAUGAUUGCACUCUUGUGUCCAUUGUGAUAGUGCUUCAUUAAAUUCUUCAUUACCACAUAUCAAUACUAAAGUUGAUUCAGAUGAUUCUUUUUGUAGUACUGCUUUAUAAUUAUUUUCAUUAAUCUUUUCUUUUUUAAUUUGAAUAUUAUGGAUAGUUGUUAUUUCUUCUGAAAAUGACAUUUUUAUAAAUUUAAUAAGCUUAAUUUGCAAUUGUUAUAUACUAUUACAUACCUACUUCUGUUACAUGAAUUGUAAACUCAACAUUCCAAUAAUCAGCCAACAACUGCAGUCGUUGUUUUAAAGGAAUUUGACACACAGAUCUGAAACCAGCAAAUAAUUUAAUUCGAGUUUCUUCUAAAUCAUUAUUAACUAUAGAUUGAAUUAUUGGAUAAAAUGCUGCUAUUCCACUUCCAAUACAAUACAUAAUAAUCUUUUUGAAAC